AUGCCUCAGGAGCUUUACGUGCCCGCUAUUUCACUUAAGGACUUCGAGUCCCGAAAGGAGGAGAUCACCAAGCAGCUAGUGGAAGGAGCCGAAACUGCUGGCUUCUUUACUCUUGUUGACCACGGUAUCACUAUUGAGGAGAUUGAAAAUCAGUUCGCCCUCUCGAAAGCCUUCUUUGCUCUGCCUCGAGAGAUCAAAGGGAAGAUUCCCCAUGGUUUGCACACCAACAACGGCUGGGAGUACAAGUCACAAAUUCGUCCUAGUACCGGUGUUCCAGACCAGAAAGAAUCUUUCUGGUUACAGCGAAACUCCCAAUGGCCGGCUGAUGAAGAUGUGCCCGGCUUCAGUGAAGGCACCAAGAAUUUUAUUGCAAAAUGCGAGGGAAUCUCUAAACAAGUCUUAAGCUGUCUUUCCAUUGCCUUGGGGUUCCCGGAGAAUCACUUCAACGAUGCGAUGGAUGUUGAAGCCAGCGAUAACCUUACGCAAAUGCGCAUGAUCCACUAUAUGGCUUCCGAAAAUGCAGCGGGAACAUGGAGAGCUGGUAAUCACACUGAUGUUGGAUGUCUCACCCUGCUGUUCCAGCGCGAUGGUGAGGAUGGACUGGAAGUCUGUCCUGGUCGCAAGAAUCACAACGACAAAAUCAUUGGUGAUGAUUUCUCUCCCAUACCCGCUAAGACUGGUCCCAUUGUAGUCAAUAUCGGAGACAUGUUGAUGGCGUGGUCUGAUGACCGUCUCAAGGCCAACUUUCACCGCGUCCGGGCUCAAGACGUUGGCCCAAGCCCAGAUCGUUAUUCCAUUGCCUACUUUAACACUGGUCGGCGGAACGUUGUUAUGCAGGGGCCUCUGAAGAAGUACCCUGCCAUCACUUGCGGUGAAUAUUUCCGCGAAAAGACUGUUGUCCAAUUUGGACACAACUUCCCAAAGACCCAGUCACCAUUGGUUACUGACGCUCCCAUGGCUACCAUGGCCGCUGUGGCUACUCCAGCUGCAUAG